AUGUCAAUCGACGAUCUCGAAAAACUUGUCGCCAAAUUCUACCGAAUAAACAACCUGUGGUCACAACCCCGGUCGCCAUCGAGUGUCUGCACCCUUCCACGAGCUCGAACGCUCGAGGGCAGCACGACGAGUCUGUUGGGUCUGGAGGUUCUCUUGGACAGAUGGCUGCUCGUUCUAAGGAUGGAGGGAAGGAUGGAGAUCCAUGACCUCUCCCCUUCCAACCCGAUACUCGGCGGCAUCGAGGCGGAAACCACCAUCUUGAGUAGUACGGUUUCCUUGGAUUGCGACGGGUGGGGGUCCUACGCAGCCCGUGCAGAUCAAGAUUCUGGGCUCAUAUAUAUUGCCCUAGUCAGAACUGUCGAAACAGCAGCUGGAUUGACUGGCGCUAGAAGACCCUUUCAUCUCGAUUUAUGGCAGUUCUCCGUUGACGGAGCCAUCCGCGGGCAAAGGCAGGAUGACAAACUGCUGAAGCGGCUAAUGCGGAGAACCCUUGAUGUUCCGAAGCUCGUCAGGGACAUUGACCCUACCAAACGAUUGGUGGCCUUGUCUGCCCUGACGGCAGUAGAACUAUUGCCCUGGGACGACGGUAUAGCCAAUAGCCCUACUGUUCCGGGGACCAUACCUGUUCCGGGAUAUGACACUGAUAGUGACGACUAUUGGAACGGUAUUGUGAAGCUUCAAUUCCUCGGCCCCUUCAUGCUCAUUGCGAAAACUCGUUCGGUUGAACUACAUCACUACUCACCCGCUCUCGCCACCAACACCGGCCGUUUCCCCCUUUUGCGCCACACCUUCGAACAUAGGACUUUCCGCGAGGUUGUGUUCUCGCACUGUAAGCACUCCAAGUCCGACUUCAAGGAGACAUGGGAAGUUAAGAUGCUUGCUUCCGAUGUAAUUCACGGCCUUUUCCAAUUCGAGGUCAAGGUCACUCUUCCACUCGCGAACCCUGCCACCACAGCUUCGUCGCAAUCGGAUAUUCACCCUCACUUGGACGUUGAACUGACUGGACUGUACCCCCUGUCACUCCUCAUUCCACCAGCCCCGUGUCCUCCGAAAGCAUCCGGAUAUCUCAUGAAUCGAGAAGAUACCGGCACCCCAACGCCAGCGAGCUCUCAUCUUCACUUCCAGAACGGAUUCGGGCCAUUCGGCCACAAGUCACCCUCUUCCAUAACACGAGGGUUCUUGAGCACAUUCUGCAUCGGACCGCAGGGCAAGCGGGCACUCUGGGUGGAACGGGCCAGGUCAAGCAUUAGCCGCGAGGUGCAGGUAUGGGAUCAGGGAAUGGUCCGCGAGAGAGGAUCAGGUUCGACACUCUUGGAGUCGAGUUCCUCGACAAGAGAGAGGACAGGAGCGCCCAUUCAAAGGAUGAUAGAUUCUUGGGCGGUGCAAUUUGGCCAUCGGUGUGUGGAGAUGGAAAAGAACGUGGUGUAUAAGGCGGUGUCGUACGAUUUGAGGGAGACGAUGGGUACCAUUGUGCUUGGUACCCGUGCUGGUAAUAUCCGAGUGCUUCCUCUAGAGGUUCGUAGGAAAGGGGCUGCCCAGUAA